AUGUGCAACCGAGUUUGUGGGCCCCUGGUGGAUGGCCUCUACUGGGAGACGUGGUAUGACCUGGAGCAGACCAAGCUGGACGACAGCGAGGGUGGCAUCGACAUCCUCUACGAGAACCGGCUGCUCGGAGUACCCAGAAUGCGGCAGCUGCAGGUACGCAGCGACUCAUGUCGCGUGGCCGACGACAUGCGCGCCAUCAUCAAGGAGUGCUACGCCGAGUACAGCUGGCUGACCGAGGUCAACUACAACGACUCUAUCGGCACCGGCAACGGCACCGGCUGGCGCUACUGUCCGGAGGACGAGUUGGAGGGUCACCCGUUCUGGGGUGAGAUCAGCACCUAUUCGGGAGGCGGCGCGUACGUGGAUUUGUCACACAAACGAAACGAGACUGUGGAUAUGCUGGCCCGCCUCCGACGCGACCUAUGGAUCGGCCGAGGGACCCGUGCCAUCUUCAUCGACUUCACAGUCUACAACGCAAACAUCAACCUCUUCUGCAUCAUCAAACUGGUGUUCGAGCUGCCCGCCACGGGCGGCAUGAUUCCGUCGUCGUCCUUCCGCACGGUCAGGCUCCGCUACGUUAACCCGUACGACUACUUCGUGAUGGCGUGCGAGUGGGUCUUCAUCCUGUUCACCGUAUACUACAUCAUAGAGGAGAUGUUGGAGUUCCAUGGACAAAAGACGAAAUAUUUCAAGCAUUUCUGGAACCACCUCGACAUGCUAAUGAUUUUGAUUUCCAUUCUUUGUAUCGGCUUCUCUAUCCAUUGCACGAAGGCCGUCAGCGAUAAGAUCGAGCUUCUACUGAAAGAUGAUUUGCAGUAUCCCAACUUUGCAGCGGGCUUCUUCCAAACGCAGUUCACUAGCGCCGCGGCACUCUGCGUGUUCUUUGCCUGGGUGAAGCUGUUCAAAUACAUUAGCUUCAACAAGACCAUGAACCAGCUGAGCAGCACUCUGUCCAGGUGCGCGCGAGACAUCAUGGUUGCCAUCAUGUUCUUCAUCGUCUUCUUCGCCUUCGCCCAGCUCGGAUAUCUUCUCUUCGGUACCCAGGUGCGCGACUUCAGCACAUUCACCCGAGCCACGUUCACUCUGCUGCACCUCCUCGGAGACUUCGACUUUCACGAGAUAGAAGCGGCCAACCGGAUCUUGGGACCAAUCUUCUUC